AUGUAAUUAAACUUUAAUGAUUCAUAGAUGCAUAAAAGUCCUGAUUAAGUAUUUAUAAUUAGUUGAUUAGUUAAGAAGGGAAAAAUUAGAUAUCAAAAUAAAGACAAUUAAAGCAGAUUUAGCUCCUGGAGUUGUCAAAUAUAUGAUGAAGACCAAGAAUGAUGAAAAAUUACAAACUCCUUUACAUAAAGUUGAAUAUCAUCAUCCAUACUCUAAACCAUAACUUAGUUACUUAAGAAAUUUGUAAAAGAUAGACCCAGAACCUCCAGUAUAAUUAGAUGAGAUAAGAGAAGAAAAAUGGAGCAUUUUAUCAAAAAAUUGUAGGAACAUUUUAGAGAAAUCUAGAAUUAGUUUGGGUAAACCAAAUGAAUCUCAAUUUUUAAGACAAUCUUCUAUUGAAUUAUUUACUAGUCCAUAAAAAUUAAAAAAAAAUAAUAAUAAAUUUUUAACUCGAAGAUAAUCUAUAGAUUAAAGAAUUGAGGAUAUUAAAUCUCCAUUAUAAUCUCCUUUAGAUUCUUCACCAAAAACUAUGGGAAUUAAAAUUGAUCCUUUUUAUAUUAGAUUCAAAAAAUACUAUAAAAAAAUUGGUAUUCCUUAAGAUGAAUAGCCUAAUCCUCAAUAAAACAAACUUCACAAAAAUUCUUAUUCUUAAGAUAAGAUGUAUAAAAUCAAUUCUCCAUAAAGAUAAAAUUAAAGUUUUAUUUAGUUUCCCUAAGUUUAAUUGUCUCCAUAUUAGAAAUCUGGAAUUAAAAAGAAAAAAAGUUAAUAAUAAUAUUUGUAAGAUAUAUUGGCUUUGUGUAAUAUGGCUUAACAUUUUUAGGCAGAAAUAAAAAAAGAUGAAACUGAAAAUUAUAAUGAAUUAAAUCAAAAAGUAGAAUUUAUCAAAUCUGAAUUCAAUAAAUAUCAUAAUAUGAUAAAUAAUGAUUAAGAUUCAAAUGAUAAUCUUGAUAUUAAAUGA